AUGUCCGUUCCGACGCUGUUCCAAUUGUCAACCCGAAAAGUUGCCGAGCACAUUUUGAAUGGUAAUUUUGCAUGCUUUCUUCGUGUUGAAACGUCUUCCGAAUCCACUUUUUUUCAGGCUCCAUCAGCACAUCGACUAUGCAUUUCUCGCGAGAUCAGAGUAAUUUGCUCUAUGAGCAAAUCGUUAGGCUCCAAAAUCCACACGAUAUGCAACUUCUGCAACAACUCUCCGGACUCCACACAAAUCGAAUCAAUCUGAAGCACGUGGAAAUGAGUGGCGUCGCGUUUAUUAGUGAGCAGGAGCUCGAGAGUUUUGUACUCGGCAACACAAAUCUGCUGUUGGACGCAUUUCACUUUGACGACGGUGAGAAUCGGCUGCUACAAGCGGAGAGAAAGAAAAUGUCGUUUGCACACAUACUAAACCACAAAAAACGGCUGGUCAUUCACAAAAAAGCGUCUUUCAGACCCGGCCAGCCUGGACAUCGUCUCGCUCCUCAACAAGAUGUUCAACACCGCCACCCGUCAAUCCCUUCGUCACCUCGACAUUAGUGGAUUCGGACGAUUCAAAGGAGAUUGGCUCGAAGCGAUUGGCGCCAUGCUCCCGAACCUGGUGAGCUUGAAUGUGGCUGGAAGGAGAUUAGUCGACGUUCGGAUUCUUGCGCACAGCUUUCCGAGAAUUCAAUACUUGAAUGUCUCGAAUUGUGACAUUGAAAAGUUGGACGGAAUCUCCGGAAUGCGUGGGCUCCAAGUCUUGAUUAUGGAGAAUCCGUACAAGAUUCAAGAUAUGACGGAACUGUUCGAACUGAGAGAUCUUAGAGUUUUAAACUUGUCGUGGUGAGUCGUAGAGCAGUUCUUCAACUCUAAAUAUAUAUUCUUUGUUUUCAGUCCGCACCGAUACCGUCUCAAUGGCUCUAACGACGUGGCUGUCAAGUUCUGUCAGUGCCUGGAGGCCGGGCACCGUCUCCCAGAGCUCCGCUACCUGGAUCUCUCGAAAACCACAUUGACAGAAAGGAUCAUUGAGACGAUCCUGAGGGCCACUCCGACAAUUCGACACCUGACCUCUAUUGAUACCGGGAUUUGUCUUUGCGACUGCUUCGAAACGUACAAUCUCAAAUCGAUGAGCUCAACGGUCCGGGCGCUCGAGCACUAUCUCGCCGAGGACAGCGUCCAGAUGCUCGGAGUCGUGCUGAAUGGAAGUUACGCGCUCACCGCCGACUUUCAAUACGACGUGAGGCUCGGAUACGUCGAGAAAGAGGCAUACGAGGCGAUGGAGCAGUUUGUGGACCUGACGCCCGCAAUUCUACAUCGUUACAAGUACGAUUCAUGGACUCCCGAUAAAAUGGUCGAGAAUUUAACGGUGAUGGUGCCGCUGAUGUUCAUGCAAAUCUCCAACGAACCGGAUUCGGAUGCCAAGGACAACAAGAUUGUCCAGCUCGUCCACAAACUGUUGGAUUGUUUCGAACCGCAUCUCCGCUCCGAUACCUACUUCAAAUCGAGCGCUAUUCUCUUUCUAAUGUCGACGCUCAAAGAUUCGUUCCCACUAGACACGCCGAACCUCAACGUUCUCCGGAUGUUCGACUUUAUCAUAGAGAUCAUGAUGACGGUGAGCGAUAACUACGAACUCCUCGAUAUGGCGAUCGAAUUGAUGACGGUGUUGACCGAAAACGUGCGACAAUUAUUCGAUGGAUUUGGCGAGCAGAAAAUCAAUGAAACGUUGGAGUGUCUGAUGCGGACGCUCGAUGUUCUGAUGCAGUAUCUGGAGGAGUGGCUCGAAGACGAGACCCACGUCAAAUGCUCGUUUCUGAAUUGUGCUCUUGUGAUCAUCGAGCUGAUAAGUCAGUCGGCAUUCAAAACUGGUCCCGCUGGUUUUGUGAGCCGACUUUUCGAGCUUCUACACCGAUCACACGACGACAAUCACAUCCGAACGAUUAUUAUGGUCGUUCUGAAUCGGUUGCUCGCAAUUCCGGGAGCACACGACGAAUUCUACGCGACCGGGGCGCUGGAGACUUUGCGGUAGGCCUCAUUGUUACGAAUAUUGUUCCAAUUUGGGCUCAUUUCUUCUUACAGACAAUCGGCGUUGGGAUGGUUCUUGGACGAUCGCGAUGAUUCGCAAGAGUCGGCGUUCAAUCGCGCGUUUCUAGCCUCGACGAUCCUUUGCCGCCUUCUUCUGUCGCCGGAGCGGAUCGCAGAAGAGGCGCGCGUCCAUAUUCACUGCCAACUGCUCGAUUUCUACCGUAAUCUGCCGCAAACGCUGCCCGAAAUGGAGCUGGAGCAAAUUUCGUGGACGAUCGACAUGAGGAGGGCGAUUGUGGAGAGCAGUUCGAGCGAACAUCUUGAAGCGCCCGUGAUUUGGACGCUCCGAACGAUUUGCGGCGGACUCGGACGAUCGAUUCUCGGAGAUGAGGCGUUUGUCGAAGCUGUGCGCGCAUUGACGUCGGAUACUCGUGAAGAGAUUGCCAGUUUGGCCAAAAAAGUGAUGGAUUUGUGUGUGUGUGCCAAUAAUUGUUGAUAAUCGAUAAUAUAUAUAUACAUAUAAAACGUGUUCUUUUCCGCUUAUAAAGUAUUUGCUAACAGUUUGCUUCCACACUGAAUUUUCAAGUGUUUUGUGCUCACAAAUCCUCGAGUUGUCUUCGUUUUCCGUGCAAGAACCUCGAUGCAGGUGCAUAAUUACUUCAAUAAAUCCGCGACGCGACCGCAACGCACGUGUCCCCUAUUUUGUCACUCCAGUUACUACUUGUGUACAAAUGUCGGUCCCGUCGCUCGUUCGCAUCGCCUCGGCGAAAAUGGCCGAGUACAUUUUGAAUGGUAAGUCCCCCCCUGGCUUUCCCGAUUUUCCACCUAUAAUCGAACGUUUUUCGACUCCAUCGACACAUCGUCUGUCGUUUUCUCUUGGAAACUGAGCGACGCCAUCUUCGAGCAACUAGUUGAGCUCAGGCAGCGGCAGGAAACGAAACAGAAUGCGCGUCUGCUGGAGCAGUUAGCCGGUCUCAAUAUGAGGCGUGUCAACUUGAAGCAAGUGGAAAUGACGUCGAGUGACGUGGCACUUCUUGGCACGCAGGAGUUGCAGAGCUUUGUACUCGGACACACAAAUCGGCUCCUGGACGAGUAUCACUUUGAGGACGGUGAGUGAUAACACGGAUGCGGGGGGUGUUCUAGACAAAUAUGAGGAGGGUAAUUAAUUAGAUUAUAAUCUAGAUAUAAUCUAGAUAAGAUAAGAUUAUAAUAGAUUAAAAAAGGAACGAGUCUAUGUGCCAAUAAUUGCAGACUUGCACACCGUGUCCAUUGUCUCCCUCCUCAGCGCAACCUUCAACGCCGCCACCCGCCAAUCCCUCCGUCACCUCGACAUUAGCGGAUGCGAAAGUUUCAAUGGAGACUGGCUCAGAGGCAUUGGAUCCGUGCUCGCGAACCUUGUAAGCUUGAAUGUGGCUGGAAGAAGACCGGUCGACAUUCGUACGCUGGGUCAGAGCUUUCCGGGCCUCCAAUAUUUGAAUGUCUCGAAUUGUGACAUUGACAAUUUGGAUGGCAUCUCUGGACUGCAAGGGCUCCGAGUCUUGAUCAUGGAGAAUGCGUACAAGAUUCGGGACAUGACGGAGCUGUUUGAGCUGAGAAAUCUUAGUGUUUUAAACUUGGCCUGGUGAGUUGAAACGCUUUUAAAAGUUGAAUUAUUCAUCCACUUUAUUUCAGUCCCAACGCCGAUGGUUCAAACGAUGUCGCCGCCCAUUUCUGUCAAUGCCUGGAGGAUGGAUCCCGACUGCCCAAGCUCCGAACCCUUGAUUUAUCGAAAACGGCAUUGACCGAAGAGAAUGCUGAGACGAUCAUGAGGACCGUUCCGACAAUUCAACAUUUGAGCACAAUCGGAACCGGCAUUGAUCUCAGUAAUCGCGUCGAAGGGUACAGCACCAACUCGCUGAACUCAACGACCAAAGCUCUGGAGCACUACCUCUCCGAGCACAGUGCUCAGAUGAUUGGCGCCGUGCUGAAGGAAAGCUUUGUGCUCACGGAUGAUUUCCAUUUCGACAUGACGGGCGGCUUCAUUCCUUUCGAAGACAUUAUGAUGUUCACGACAUGCAUGGUCUCCGUCCUUCGCCGCUACCAAAACGACGGCACGAUCCAAGGGGAAGCGGUUGUGAAUUUGUGGACACUAUCUCAAUCGACAACUUCUCUUCUUCUGGCUGACGCGGACUGGAGCGACAAGAUCACGGAAUGGGUCGCCAAACUUUUGGAUGUGUUCGAUGCGUGCGAUCGCUCGAACGCCGACCGGAAACGAUUCGUCACCAAUUUUUUGUUGUGGGGCGACCGAGACGGAAUAUUUACGGACACGCCAGUCGACGUUCAGCGAGUACUUCUCCUCGCGGUGAACAUGUUGAUAGAGCAGAAGGACGACGCAGCGACAGUCGAGUCAUUAGCGCUCGUGUUCCGCAGAACGACAUACGUUAUACGCUAUUCAUCACUCGGCCGUUCCGAUAGAGAGCAAGCUAGUGCUCUUCUCAGCACUCGUCUCGAUUGUCUCGCCAGUCUAACACUGGAGGAGGAGGAACACGGAAACGAGCAUUUCACCGCGUGCAUCAACAGCUGCUUCAUGUCAAUCCGGGAGAUUGUGCAUCGAUUCGGAAUCGAAGCGGCGGAUGGGUUUGUCGAACGGCUCAUCGACGUUUUGCGGCAUUCACGGAACAAUAAAAAAUCUCAACUCGAAAUUCUGGAACUGCUCAACCGGCUGAUCGGAAAUGCCGGAGAGCACGAGGAGUUUCGCACCCCAUCGGCAAUUGAGACGUUAAAGUGAGUUCCAUUCAGUUCAUCAUCACUUAUUGAUUUAUUGUUCAGACUAACCGCAUCGAUCGGCCUUUCAACUGAUGAGAACCGUUUGGACGAUCUAGACGCCUGCAACAUUGCCUUUCUCGCGUGUUCUCUUCUCUCCAGACUACUCCUCCGUCCCGGGGCACUGUCCGAAGAGGUCGGCACUGAAGUUCACCGCUAUCUGCUCGAAGCCUACUCUUAUCGUUCCAUAUCGUGUAUUGACCUCAGCUGUCUGGGUACCGAAUACUGGAUCGAUGACGUCAAGAGGGCCCUAAGAAGUAGGAAAAAGCUCGAAGCGCCCAUCUUUUGGGCGCUUCAAACAAUACUCGACGGUCUGCAGUACACUCCAUUCCGGAUCUGCGUCGACGAAGACAUAUCUCGCGCCGUGAGGAGACUCAUUCGGGAUGAUCGGAAGGGAGUCGCCGAUUUGGCUGCGCAAGUCGCCAAUUUUCUACCUGAGGCGCCGUUUUAUUAA